GUAUGUUAAUUUCCUCUUGGUUCUGACAUCAUAUCCUGAUUAACCUGCUUUUGCGGCCUACAGUAGUUUCAGAAAAUCCUUAUUUCCAUUAUGUCCUUUAAAGCGAAACAAUAUUCAGAGUUCAGUGUUGUCAGAUGAUUGUCUAAUGAUUCAUGGGGCCGCUUAAUGAAUAUUAAUACGCAGUAACCUUUGUCGUGGAGAGAGGAACACAUUGUAUUUGGAGGCAUACAGGUGUCAUGCUGAGCUGACAGCCACUCGCAGAAUAAGAAACAAGCUCCUCACAGCAUGAGCACAAACCAUUAGCACUCACUGCUCAUCAAUCUCAGACCAGACCAGAGCCUGUGCAUCUGCAGCAUCGAUCUAUCACAGCCUUUCAGGAAACAGGAUGGUGCUCUUUUAGCACAAAAUAGCUAGAAAGCAAAUUAAAAUUUUAAUGUGCAGAAACAAAUUUGUUUUGCUAGUAAAUACAAGUGGUGUUUGACUUUAUACUGACACCUGUAUCUGCAUAAAUGCUUUCUGUUUAGCAACUAUAAAGUUGCCAGGCAGGAUUUGUGUUGUGGAAACCCAAGGUCAGGUUGCUAACAGUCAGAGCUGUCACUUCAUCCAACCUUUCAUUCAGCUGUUUAAUAUUCCUGUCCAGCCUCAUGCAGAACUCAGAGAAACCACCAAACGAACCUGCGAGCGCACAGAUGGAAAGGGGUUCCUAUGAUUUGCCGUCACAUGAUGCUCUCUCAAAAAUCCUGCCGGAGUAUCUUCACCUCCUCAAAAAACCUAAAUCUCAGACCAGGAAAGAAUCUGUUCCACAGAAAAAGUCAAAGUCUGAGCUCAACCGAACGUUUGAUGUUCUAUCACCUCUUGAAAAUCCACCAAUGCCUGAUUUCAAAGAUGACCCUCAUGAAGGUGAAGUGACUGAACAUCAAACUAAAGAGCUGGAAAACUACCGUGUGGCGAUGCACAAGAUGGCGGAUGACAUCCUGGCGCUGCACUCUCAGGUGAGCGUGCUGGAGUCUGAGAAGAGUCAGCUGCGGCGGGAUCUGUCUCUACAUCAGGACCUGCUGGACGACACCGACACUGACGUCAUGACCAAGAGCGAGAUUGCUGACCGGAUCGCCUCUCUGAAGUUCAAGGUGUCCAGUGAAAGCAGCAAAGCAGCCGCCCAGAAGGACAGAAUCCAACAGCUUCAAAACGAGCUCAUUAGGAAGAACGAUAUUGAGAAAGAGUUUGUCCAGCUGCAAAGAGCUCAUCAACAGCAGCAGGCUGUGCUUAAGAAAUAUCAGGCCCGGAGUGGUAAAAUAUCAGCACUGGAGGAUACAGUUCACCAACAGGAAAAGGUCAUUGAGAAGAUGGAGAAAAUAUUGGAUGCAAAACUGAAGGAAAGAAAUAAAGAGAAUUCAGAAAAGAAAAAAAUUGGCGUGAAACAUAAAGAUGCAGAGGAGCUCAAGAGGAGAGAGAUCGAGUCUGUGCUGGCGGCAGAAAACUCUCGACUCAGAGAAGAGCUGCACAGACUACUUAAUCUCCCACCAGCUGUUAUCAUUCAGCAGCCUGUGCAGACCCAUCAGCCUUUCUCAGACAGUGAGAAGCUGGAGUUAUUGACACAGCUGGCGAGAGCCGAGGGUCGAAUCCAGACAUUGGAACAACAGCUGAAAGAAAACUCCAGACAGUGGGGGAAAGAGAAACAAGAGAUGUUGACCAGACUCAGUGAAUAUGAACAUGGGUUCGCUCGAACAUCAUCCAUGAUUCUUCUUGAUCUACCCGUGAAAAGUGUGACUGAUUCUGUAUUGGGACAUACUCGACACAGGCAACUGGAACCUCUUAAGUGACCACAUCCCAUCAGUCUCUGCUGGCGUUCAGCGGUUUGAUGGUGAGCAUGAUGGGCUUCUCGGGCAGCAGGAUGAGCUCAAACGUGCUCCUGACCUCCACCUGCCUCUGCUUCUCAAACCUGAAGUUCUCCAGCAUCUAUAAAGAUGACA